UACUGGCUUAACAUGAGUGAGGAUUGAAUUUUAAACAUCCGUAGAAAAUAUUAACCGGCCACUUCAUCGAAUCAUGUUGGUUUAAAUCUUUGAUAUAGUUGUUACGGCUAUAAAAGAAUAAGGUCGGUCGUGCGUAGCUACUAAUAAAUCGUACGUACGUAAGUUCACUCUCCAAAAACUAUUUGAAAAAUCCAAUUAAAUGGUUCUUGGGCAUGAAGCUGAAGAAGCACAGGUGGGGAAAACGCUCCCUGAUGCUUGGGACUACAAGGGAAAGCCGGCAGUCCGUUCAACCACCGGCGGCUGGGGUAGCGCCGCCAUGAUUCUAGGGGUGGAGGCAUGUGAGAGGCUAACGACGUUGGGAAUAGCCGUAAACUUGGUGACAUACUUGACUGGUACUAUGCAUCUAGGAAACGCAAACGCCGCUAAUGACGUCACUAACUUCAUGGGCACCUCUUUCAUGUUAUGCCUCCUUGGCGGUUUCGUGGCCGACACCUUUCUUGGCCGUUAUCUUACCAUUGCCAUCUUUACCGCCAUUCAAGCUACGGGUGUGACGAUAUUAACGAUAUCAACCGCCAUACCGAGCCUCCAACCACCAAAAUGCAGCAAGCCGGGUUCAUCAGAUUGCGUUCCUGCAAACCAUCUCCAACUAGCCAUUCUUUACAUGGCACUUUACCUAACCGCCUUGGGAACCGGGGGCCUGAAGUCCAGUGUGUCGGGUUUCGGUUCCGAUCAGUUUGAUGAAUCAAACAAACAAGAAAAGGCCCAGAUGACCACUUUUUUCAACUGGUUCUUCUUCUUCAUAAGUAUCGGGUCAUUAGCAGCUGUGACGCUUCUGGUUUACAUACAGGACAAUCUAGGGCGUCGAUGGGGGUACGGGAUCGUGGCGUGUUGUAUCGGGUUGGGGUUGUUGAUCUUCUUGUCGGGUACCCCGAGAUACAGGUUCAAGAAACUGGUAGGUAGUCCCUUGACACAGAUAGCAUCCGUUUUUGUGGCGGCCUGGAGGAAAAGGCAUUUGGAGCUUCCUUCCGAUCCUUGUUUGUUAUUCGAUACUAGUAUUGGAGCAACAACUUCUUCCUCCUCUCAUUUGAAGCAGAAAUUGCCUCACAGCAAACAAUUUCGUUUCCUUGACAAGGCUGCAAUCAACAACACUGAAAAAUCUGGGGAAAUCUUGAAGGUUAACAAAUGGUAUCUUUCGACUUCAACUGAUGUGGAAGAAGUCAAAAUGGUGAUCACCAUGUUACCAAUUUGGGCUACCAACAUCAUGUUUUGGACAAUCUAUGCACAAAUGACCACUUUUUCAGUCUCACAAGCCACCACCAUGGACCGACACAUAGGGAAAUCCUUUUUCAUCCCUCCUGCUUCCCUCACCGUCUUCUUUGUUGGCAGCAUCCUCUUGACUGUCCCUGUCUAUGACCGUGUCAUAGUCCCAGUCGCCAAACGGUUCCUUAGGCACCCACAAGGGCUAAGCCCUCUUCAACGGAUCGGUGUGGGACUAGUCAUGUCCACAUUUGCUAUGGUUGCAGCCGCUCUUAUUGAGAUCAAGCGGCUUCACAUGGCCCAGUCUCAUGGUUUGGUUGAUGACCCGUCCAAAGUGAUUCCACUUAGUGUGUUUUGGUUGGUUCCCCAGUUUUUCUUUGUUGGGUCGGGUGAAGCCUUUACAUACAUUGGUCAACUUGAUUUCUUCUUAAGGGAGUGCCCCGCAGGGAUGAAGACUAUGAGCACGGGCUUGUUUUUAAGUACCUUGUCGUUGGGUUUCUUUUUUAGCUCAUUGUUGGUGACAAUAGUGCACAAGGUGACUGGAGACAAGGAGCCAUGGCUAGCUGACAAUUUGAACAAGGGGAAGCUGUAUAAUUUCUACUGGUUGCUUACAGUUCUUAGUGUUUUGAACAUGGGGUUGUAUCUGAUAGCCGCAAGAUGGUAUGUUUACAGGGAGCAUAGGCUUGCCAGAGAGCUGCAGGGUAUUGAUGAUCAGUUGGAAGAAGAGUAAGUCGAUCUGUCACUAAUUUCUCCGGCCUUAAGUAACUAUAUCUAAAACUACUUCGUGUAAUCUGUUAACUGUUGUGAGAAAGUUAUUAUAUAUGAUGGCGAAAAUGAAGUAGAAUUAAUUAAUGGAUCGAAUAUAAAUUAGUUCAUUUCUCUACGUGUAAAUUAAAUGAUGUAUUUCACUCGUU